AUGGCCGAAGCGGGGGCGCGUAAAAGUGGAGAUGAACCCGGGAAAUUGCCUGAACAAGAAGAGGAGGAAGAAGAAGAGGAGGAGGAGGAGGAGAAAUCCCAGGUUUUGCACGGAACGGGCCAUUGCAAGUGGUUUAAUGUGCGAAUGGGAUUCGGAUUUAUUUCCAUGCUCAACCGCGAGGGAAGCCCGUUGGAGUCUCCGGUGGAUGUCUUUGUACACCAAAGCAAGCUUUACAUGGAAGGAUUUAGAAGCCUAAAAGAAGGAGAACCAGUGGAAUUUACUUUUAAGAAAUCUUCCAAAGGCCUUGAAUCAAUACGGGUAACAGGUCCAGGUGGGAGUCCCUGUUUAGGAAGUGAGAGACGACCCAAAGGAAAAACAGUACAGAAAAGAAAGCCAAAGGGAGAUAGAUGCUAUAAUUGUGGUGGCUUCGAUCAUCAUGCUAAGGAAUGUAUUCUACCUCCACAGCCAAAGAAGUGCCAUUACUGUCAGAGCAUCAUGCACAUGGUGGCAAACUGUCCACUUAAAACUGUUCCACAGCAGCCUACGAGUUACCAGGGAAGAUAUGAAGCUGACACCCAGCCCUCCACAUCAGCCUUCCUGAGGGAAGGAGGAGGAGGAGGGGCCUAUGGCUAUACUUCUCCAUCUUAUACUCUGGAAGGAAGGCCAGAUAUCUUACAGCAUUCAGGAAAGUCACCUCAAGAAGCUGCUUCAAGUAAGUUUUCUCCAUCACCAGAAGAGCAAAGCCGGAAGGGACCGUCAAUUCAAAAAAGAAAAAAGACUUAA